UCAUAACAAGAAGUCACACGAACCGACACGCAUAAUGUCAGAUAAAAUCAGUUAUGAUCCUGCAUUGACAAAACUGUGGGAAGUGAAAAAAGAAGCAGAAAAGUUAGGUCUUCCUGAAACCAUCAUGUCGGGUCUACAAGCUGUUGAGGAUCUAUUUGAGGCAAGAGAAGCCUACUGCGAUGGUAAAACGUCAGAGCCAAGUGAUGCAUUAUCAAAACUUAUGAAAGAUACCAUUGAACAUCCAUGGCAACAGGUGUUUAGUGAAGGAAAAACUAAAUGGAAUAUAAGUACUAGAAUGUUGUCGGGAAAUCUUGAAGGCUACAUUCUCAAAUUUUUUGUCAGUGCAUCAAAAGCGAAAAGAGUUUUAGAAGUUGGAAUGUUUACUGGUUGUGGCGCCCUUGGUAUGGCGGAAGUAAUGCCAGAUGACGGGAAGGUCGUGACCUGUGAAUUUGACCCAUACUUGGUGAAAUUAACUAGAACAUUUUUGGACAGGUCCCCGCACGGAAAAAAGAUAACUAUUCUUGAAGGUCCUGCAUUAGACAGUUUAAAUGACCUUGGCAAGAAAGGAGAGAAAUUCGACUUCAUCUUUAUAGAUGCGGAUAAACCGGGUUAUUGUGACUAUUUUAAUGUAUCGAUAAAAUACCUUUUAGCACCAGGUGGUACUAUUGCUCUGGACAACACAUUACACUAUGGUAAACCGUAUCUAAAAGACUCGCCUGAGGAUGAACCAAUUAACGAUAUGCUAAUGACCAGGGAUGAUGUUUAUCAUGUAUGUAUUCAUUCAUGA